AUGUUGGCCGGAUACUCACAAUCAAUCACCGUACCAGGCUACGUGACGUUACGGUACUACUCUGGAUGGUCAAUCGCAGUGUUUCAAUCUAGGUCCUCAAUCAAAGGAUAUUUAUCCUAUUUUUCACUACGGUCCGAUCCGGUUCUUCGGUUAAAGUGUGCUACGAAACUGGUGUUGAGACCAACUAGCACGAAUGCAAAACCUUAUAGUGUCAGUAAACAAGGAAAAGUGCUUCAGAAGCUGAUGCAUCAGCCCAAUAAAAAUAAGCAGAAAUGGUAUGCUGAUAAAAAUUCUACUAUUCCAAACAGUUUUGUAAAAGUCGAAGGAAGAGAAUCGCACCGACGUUUAGCUGUUUUAAACACACUAUUCAUGGAACAGAUCACAAAUCUUUUGUCAACAGGAGAGCAUUCCGAGGAAUUACUUUGUUACGACGUGCAGAUAUCGCGGGUAAAAGUAUCAAUUGAUUUUCAUAGCAUUCACGUGUUUUGGUUCUCGCGUGAUGAAGUGAAUGAAGAACAAAUCGAAAAAAUAUUGAAAAGCGUUUCUGGAUCGCUUAGGCAUGAGCUUGCUCAGCUGAAACUAAUUGGACUUGUACCAAAAUUAGUUUUCAUGAAAGAUAAAGCUUACAACCUAAUGAAUCGUUUGGAUUAUGUUCUCAAACAAGCAGAUGACGGAGAAUGUAAAAAUCAUGAACCAGUCUUAAGUUUAAAAAAUGACACUGAAUUUUACACUAAGUUAUCACCAGAAGUACGCAAAGAAAUAUACCAGUUGGAGAAGAAAUCAUGCGAGACACUAGAAUCAAUCCCUAUCAUGCGAAACGAUGUAUACGGAAUUGACCAUGCUACAAUCGUAAAAAAUAUCAAGCAAACUUUAAAAAAUCGGCAUGCACGAACUUCUGAGCGGUUAGCAAUAUAAAAUUAUGCAUAAUAGUUCUUUAAUAUAGCUAGUACGAAGAAAAAAUAUAAUCAAUUGAAUAUAGCAGCCAUACAAAUACAAA